AUGCUACCCUACAGUCCAGACCCUGGUUGCGAAAGUUACCAGUACCGAAACUCAAAAGCGAAGGCCCCUCAACUGCUCAGAGCGCUGGCGCAGGCGCAUGCCCCGCCGCGCUUGAUCUGUAUCGGCGGCUACAACUCAAACUGGAAUAGGCAUGAGCCCGUGACACAAGACGCAGACGCCAACGGCUGCGAGACAUCGGCAGAAGUAGUUUGUUCACUCACAGGUGACUCUGUCAGCAGUCGCUGGCGUUGUAUGCUGCCUCCGAUGCAGCAUCAUCGAGCUGACCUCGCUGUUGCCUCAGGCGGCUUGGCCUCAAUGACGCUUUUCGCCUUGGGAGGGCGCCACGGGGAAUCGAGACAUGUCUCUGUGGAGAGGUUGGACCUCCUCAGCUGGCAGCUCCGUGGCGAGGGCUGGCAACCAAUGCCACCGAUGCUUCAUGGCCGAUCAGGGCUGGCCGCAGCCGUCCUUGGCGACGGCCUCAUCGUAGCAGGCGGCCGUGGACACCAUGGAGUGCUAAGGGAGGUGGAAUAUUGCAGCUUCGCCGGUGAGAGCUUCACAGCCUUGCCGCCUUUGGCUGAACCACGAGAGUAUGCAGCGGCUACCACCAUCGGCUCAGAAUUUUGGGUGCUGGGUGGUGGCGAGACAGGUCGGAGUAGUUCGGUGGAAAUCUGGGACGCUGAAGUUGGAAGUUGGCGUACUGGACCUGAGCUCAGGGAACGCCGAUAUGGUGCAAGUGCCGCGUGGCAUGAUGGCCGAGUGAUUGUCGUCGCUGGGCUCUGA